UUAGAAUCGAUUUACUAACAUCGACAUCGAGCAGAUUGUAUAAUUUUUUUCCCCCAAAAGUUCUGUUUGGCAUGGCUUGUGCUCGGAAACUUCUUCAAAGUUUUGUCAUGCAUAACUCACCUGCCGUGACCCGGUGCAUCGCCAUGUCAGCUACCCGCCGCGCGGAGGAGGCCGUUGAGAAGCUGAAGGAGAGCAAUCCCUAUUACUCCAAGUACGCUGACAAGAUAUCCAAGCUACAACAAACUUCGGCGGAGGAGUUCCUAGACCGCGUCGAGCGAGUGGUGAACCCCAUAAAGGAUGGCAAGAGCCAGGCCAGGACCUACUCUGAGCUGUUGAACCCCAAAACCAAGUUGGAUGAGCAGAAAGCUGAGCUGCCACACAAGAAGCUAACAGACAUCAUGAAGCUGGAGUUGAUUGCCGACAAAAGCGCCGAAGAGAUUUCUCAGAUCUGGCUCGAAUACCACAAGACUAAGGAAGUGCUGGCGGCAACGUUGAGCACCUCCCAGUACGAAACCUUGAUGGCGAGGGCAAAGGAGUACCCAGUUUUCUUGUUGCCCCUGCCACGCAGCGAGGGCUUUGAGUUCAUCAUGCUGCAGUUUGCAGCUAACACAGUACAUUUCACCCCUCUACUGGCCUAUCAGGUCCACCACGAGAACGCUCCCGAAUGCCUGACGCUGGUGCAUUAUACCGAGGAGCAGGAAAAGGGCGUAGUCCUAAUGCGUGGCGAGUACGACAACAAGGUGCUUACCGCCCAGGAGGCGCAGUGCUUGGCCAACGAGCUGCAGAUGUUUUACCUGAAGGCAGACGAAAGUAAGCUGCGAUUGCUGGAGACCUUCACACGAAAGCCGGACGAGUUCAAACACAUGGAUCUCAUCAAGGAAGUGGAAAACAUCCAGCUGGGCUAGGCCCUGAAAUUGUUGUCAAAAUAUAGCCAUUAAACAAAAACCUACUCUUAUUAAAGCUUUAACGUUGAG